AUGUGCGUCCUCCUGCUCGGCCUGGCCUUGCUGGAGAUCGCCCACUUCCCCGGCGCUGUCCCCCUGACCCUGGCCAGCACCCUUCCCACGGGGAGGACGCCCUUGUCUCUCCCUGGCUGCGGAUCCCGGAUGUGCUUCCCCAUCAUUCUCGGGGGCCUGACUGUGUCUUGCUGGCUGCCAGCGCUUAGGACAGGCACGGGGCCACGUGUCACCCCUGCGUUAGGCCUUGUGCUGAGUUGGCAGCUCCGUGAGCAGAUGGCUUUGGGGUCUCUAGGCCUGGGGUUCCUGCUGGCGUUGCCUUUGACCACCUGCAUCUGCCUGUUUCCAUUCUGCGGCCACGACGACACCUACCACUUCUUCUGUGACACGCCUGCCGUCACGCGCGGGCACCAGGCCGCCUCUGUGCCGUUGGCGUGCCCGCUGCAGCCUCCCCUUCCUCCUGAUCCUCUCUCACGCCGUGAGGAUGGAGUCGGCCCAGGGAGAGCGCCGGGCCUUCUCCACCUGCCCCUCCCACCUCACGGUGGCUCUCCUGCAGUUCGGCUCCUUACCUACCUUCGCCCCAGCACCAGCUCCUCCCCAGGAGACGGCCGGGCGGGGUCUGUGGUCUACACCUUUUUCUCACCGCUGCUGAACCCCUGGAUCUAA